UCAAAACAAUUAAGUUAUAUUUGCACUUUAAUUUGCAGCAGCUAAUAGUUCAUUGAUGUCGGGCAUGCCGGGAGCAUGGCUGGCUAAGUUUCCAAGGAAAUCUCUGCAAUUCAGCGCGGCACCGGCGGCACGGCGUUGCAUGAGCAAGAUGGGAGGGACAAACAGGAGGAGCAAAGCGGAUGUGGCGGCGGCGAUGGAGGAGGAGGAUGAGAAGCGAUGGGAAGAGGUAUCGCCGAGCUGGGCACCGCAUCCUCGCACCGGAAUAUAUUUCCCGGCAGGGCACGAGCGAGUGAUGGACGACGUUCCCAGCGGCUCCGCCUCUCUCAACCAGACUUAUUGGCUGAGGAGCGUCGACGGGGUCGACAAACCCGACCCCGACGUCGUCGACUACCAAACUUACGGCGUCAGGCGACACUAUUAAUGACGGAAUUACAGUAACAUAUGCAUGCAUGCUACCUAAGCGACUGCGUGUUCUCCUAGCUAAUUAAUAAGUCGAUCUUGAAGGAUCGGAUCGGAUCGGAUAUGAUAUGUAAAAGAUUAUGUACUGAAGAACUCAGAAAUAUAUAAUUUUAAAAAAGAAUCAGGAUUCUCUAA